AUGACUCCCUCCACAUCUUCCAAUAAGGCGAGUCAGCGACGAUUUAUCGACAAUAGCUACCUGCAGAGGUUAAAGGUCACAUUUGUUACCAGUUCCUUGAAAGUUCCAAGAAUGCCCUACCAUUUUUCGUUUUCGGGCUGUGGUUUCCUUGGAAUUUACCAUUUAGGUGUUUCAGCCUGUUUGAAGCAACAUGUACCCAACCUCUUGGAGGAUUGUAAGAUUGCUGGUGCCAGUGCUGGAUCCUUUGUGGCCUGUUGCCUCAUUACAGGAUGUUCUAUUGAUGAGUGUACAAGCUAUGUCCUUAGACUUGUGGAUCAGGCUGAAUCACAACCAAUCUUAGGACCACUGCACCCAAGAUUCAAACUGAUGAGUGAGCUCCAUGAAAGUAUGCUCCAAGUACUUCCCGAAGAUGCUUACAAAAUAGCCACUGGACGUUUGUUCAUCUCCCUCACUCGAUACAAGGACCUAAAAAAUGUCAUUGUUUCUGAAUAUGAGUCCAACACUGAACUUAUUGAUGCAAUGUUAUGCAGUGGUUUUAUUCCUUUUUACUGCGGAAUUAUACCCCCAAGGUACAAAGGAGAUUAUUAUUGGGAUGGAGGAUUGUCAGAUAAUCAGCCCAUCUUUGAUGAGCCAACAAUUACAGUUUCACCCUUCUCUGGAGAGACAGACAUCUGCCCACUGGACAAUUCCUCUAACUUCAUACAUCUUAACAUCUGCAACAGUAGUGUACAGUUCACCCAGGAGAACCUUCAUCGAGUAUCCAUUGCUCUUUUUCCACCCCAAUCUCUCACCAUGAGUGAAAUUUUCCAACAAGGAUACAAUGAUACUUUGCGAUAUUUGCAGAAGAAUGGUAUGAUUAACUGCAUUGAUCACCUGAAUGUCAUAGAAGUACCUAACUUCCAGAGAGAAGAUGUACAUGAUGGAGAAGUGGACAAAAAAGAAAAAACAAACAAGACACAAGAGGAAGAUGAAUUUGAUUGCAGAGAAUGUAAACAGAAAAUUAGACAGACUCUUUUCUCAAGCCUUCCACCUCAGUUACUCAAAGUAUUUCACUCUUCCAAAAAACAAAGUUUUCUGAACCACCUUUGCCAGGGUAAAUUGUUUCAAGCUAUGUCCAUGAUUCUCAAACCUUUCGUUGCUCCUGCAGAUAUUUUGUUGGCCUAUGUCACCAGCAUCAUAAAGAAUAUUCCAAAAAUCUUUGCUUCAUACACAAUUUCUUAUACAAGCCAUGCAGACACAGCAGUCACCACCACACUCCUUUCUUUUCACCCAAUGCUGAUUACAGUCCUCAACCAAGCAAAUUACCAAAAGAAUCCUGAAGACAGUGGAUCAAAACCAAUGAAUGCAUAA